AUGAAUUAUAGUUAUUUGGCCUCCCAUUCACGUUUGAAAGAGAAAGGAAUGUCUUUGGAAGUUCAUAGAAUAGAAGUUAGCGAUAGAGGUAAUUGGACAUGUCGAGUAUGGAAUAAAGAAGGAUCUGUUAGCAGGUAA